GUUAUAAUCCCACCAAAUUCAAUUAUUGACGAUCUUCGCAAUGAGAAAGGCAACACAAAGAAACUUAUGGAAGAUGUAAACUAUAGAGUUGCGUGGGAGAAACACCAGAAGAGUUUGCGAGAUAAGGAGGAGAAGGAAGCCGAGAAGGAACGAGUUGCAUAUGCAUCCAUUGACUGGCAUGAUUUCGUGGUGGUGCAGACGGUAGACUUCCAACCAGGGGAUGCCAGUAACCUGCCUGGACUAUGCACACCUAAAGAUGUUGGCGCUCGCAUACUGCUUGAAGCUAGAAGUGAGGCUCAGAAGCAAGCUGGAGAAGCUAUGGAAAUGGACAUGGACGAGUCAGACAGCGAAGAAGAGGGUGAACAACAGAUACAGAACGAGGUGGAACCGGCUCCUGAGUCGACUCCAACACCAGCAGCUCCACCUCCACAGGAAGAAGCACCUCCACCACCUGCAGAGUUCUCUACACCGUUACCACCAACGCGACAAAAGGAUCUUAUUGUCAAGGAUUACGACCCCAAGAAAGGCAAGCAAUUAAAAAAUUUUCUUCAAUGGACUGCACAUGCGAUGAAACGUCCGGCUGACAAAUGGUUAAUUUCGCCACUUACCGGAGAGAGGAUUCCAUCGGAUAAGUUGGAGGAGCACGUGCGGUACGCGCUUAUUGACACAUCGCGAAACAUCUCCUUGUUUUUUGACAUAGAACUUGUAUCCGGUACCUGCCCUUUGAACUAUGUUUUC